AUGAGUACAGCCGAGACCCGCCAGCGCAAACCGGUGCCCCGCCAGAAUGCGACGGAGCCUCAGCAACAGUUGACAACCAAGCCCGUCGAGCCGCGCCUCAAACAUGGCAUUCCCAUGCAGAUCGCUCGCUCGCUCGCAAUGGCUGCCUGGUUCAACUGCUGCUGCGUCGUGAUUUUCGUCACUCAGCUCGUCGGAUCGCCCUUGUACCUGAUCAACAAGCAAUGGUUCUAUACCUAUAUGGCCUAUACCAAACAGAGCUUUGGUCUCGUCAUCACGGCACUGACCGAGUACGGGUGUCCUACAUUGUUCCGAGUCAGCGGCGACGAGAGCGUACGGGGACAGGUCCACCUGUCUGCCGAUGGCAUGCUCCAGACUGAAUUCCCCGAGCGCCUGGUUAUGAUCGCGAACCAUCAGGUCUAUACUGAUUGGAUCUAUCUAUGGUGGAUCGCCUAUACCAAUCUGAUGCACGGGCGUAUCUUCAUCAUUCUGAAGGAAUCUCUCAAGAACAUCCCCAUCGUAGGCCAGGGCAUGAUGUUCUACGGGUUUAUCUUCAUGGCGCGCAAGUGGCAGUCCGAUAAGCCUCGUCUGCAACAUCGCCUGGAGAAGCUCAAGACGUGUCAUUCAGGUUCGAAAUCCGGCAAAUCCUCAUUUGACCCCAUGUGGCUCUUGAUCUUCCCCGAGGGAACAAAUCUGUCGUUGAACACCAAGCGCCGUAGCGAUGAGUUUGGCCGCAAACAAGGAUAUCCCUCGUCAAAACAUGUGAUUCUUCCUCGAUCGACGGGGUUGUUCUUCUGUCUCCAGCAGCUGCGAGGGACCGUGGACUAUGUGUACGACAGCACAAUUGCCUACGAGGGCCCAGCGAAAGGAAUCUACCCCGACAAAUAUUUUACCCUCCGAUCAACCUACGUUCGAGGGCGACCCCCCACGUCAGUAAACAUGCAUUGGAGACGCUUUGCCAUCGCCGAUAUCCCGCUCGAGGAUCAACAAGAAUUCGACCAGUGGCUACGUGCCCGCUGGGCUGAGAAGGACGAAUUGAUGAACCAGUAUUUCGAGACCGGACGAUUCCCUUCCGCGCUGGCUGGAACGAUCGAGACCAAGACGGCCACGGAGACGCAAAAAUCGGCAGCGGCAGCGGGCUAUGUCGAGUCAUAUGGUAAUAAAAUUGCUCCCACCUCUCUCUCGCUCUUCCCAUCGCAAUCCUGUAUCCGUGAGAAGGCGGCAUCGCCAGCACCAACACCUCUUCUCACCUACUCUUCAUCUCCUCCUCCUCCUCCUCCUCCUCCUCCUCCUCCUCCUCCUCCUCCUCCUUCUGUUUCCCCUAGCUCGACCACCUUCACUCCAACCAUGGCGCCACUCGAAAACGGCCAUGCCAAUGGCACAAAUGGUGAAAAGGCCGCCACCACCUCGGCCCCUCGCUUCUCCGAUAUCCCCGAUGCCAUCGAUAUUCCCGCCUCGAGUUUCGACAGCGAAGUUGAAGUCAGUUUGCUAGACCUGCCAGAAGAUCCUACCGAACUCUGUACAUUGCUUGAGAAUGAACGCGCUGCGAAGAAUUUCUGGGUCAUCAUUGCUUUGGCCUACGCCAAGCGAAAGCAACUUGAUCAUGCCCUCGACAUUUUACAAAAGGGUCUCGCCUCAGUCGCCCAUGGCGCUACAAAAGAGAAACUCGGUCUUCUGGGGUGGAUCUGCUGGCUGCUCAUGCUGAAGAGUCGACAGGCGCCGCGGGUAGCUCCCGAGGGAGAGCUGUACACCGAGGCAAAAACGAAGGACUAUUACUUGCAACAGGCUACAUCCAUUCUCAACGAGGCCUCACGCCUGAAUCCGGCGUACCCUCCUUUGUUCUUGGCGCGCGGUGUGCUCUGUCUCUUGCGCGCCUCGUUACAUCCACCUCGUGCGGUGCGCCCCGGCACCGUCGACACCUCGGACCGCGUGGAGUCAUUACGACAGGCGUUGAAGUGCUUUGAGGAGUCGUCAAAGGCAUUUGGUGGUCGCAACGUCAUGGCGUUCAUGGGUCGUGCGCGUGCGCUGUACAUGUUAGGGCGAUACUCGGACGCCCUCACCGACUACCAGAAAGUCUUGAUGCAGAUGCCCAGUCUGACGGACCCGGAUCCUCGAAUUGGAUUGGGGUGCUGCCUGUGGCAAUUGGGCUUCAAGGAGCAGGCCAAAGCUGCGUGGGAGCGAUCAUUGUCUCUGACUCCCGAUUCCAAGGCUGCCAACGUUCUUCUUGCCGUUUAUCACCUCCACGAGAAUGCGCGUCGGCCUAUGGUGGACCCCAAGUUCGGAUCGUUAUUCAACAUGGCCAUGUCGCAGUACACACAGAAAGCGUUCAAGAUGGACAAGGAAUAUCCCAUGACCUGCGCCUUGCUCGGCGACUACUAUCUACUACGCCAGGCAUAUCCGACCGCUGAGAACUUGGCUCGCAAGGCUAUUGAGCAAACCGAUGUCAUGCCCAUUGCCAGUGACGGGUGGUAUCUACUUGGUCGGAAAUCACACUACGAGGGGGACAUGGCCCGGGCAACAGAGUUCUACAACCGGUCAGACCAGGCCCGCGGUGGCGGUGAUAAGGGAUAUCUUCCGGCCAAGUUCGGUGCUGUGCAGAUGUUGGUCACCAACAAGGACUUUGAUGGUGCCAAGUUCCGGCUCGAGAAGAUUUUGCAGACGGCCAAGAACGCCGAGGCGAUGACAUUAUUGGGUGCUCUGCUGGCCGAAGAGGUAUUUGCUGCGCAACAUGCCGGGAACAAGGAGGACAAAUCCGCCGAGUCCAAACGGGCCAUCUCACUCCUCGAAUCUGUCCGGUCCAUGUGGAAGGAUGAGAAGCAAAUGCUGACCCCGGACGGAUCGGUGCUGGUCUACCUCGCCCGGCUGUAUGAGAGCUCGGCCCCGGAGAAGAGUAUGCAGUGCUUGACACAAUUGGAAGAAAUCCAGCUGUCAAUCAUUCCUGAAGACGAGCGACCGGACAUUGAGGAUCCCGAGCAGCUGAAGUCGGUUCUGCGGGAGAACCUGCCACCUCAGCUUCUUAACAACAUGGGAUGCUUCCUUUAUCAAAGCGAAAAGAUCGCCUUGGCGCGGGGCAUGUUCCAGGCUGCUCUGAAUGCCUGCGUACGAUCAACCGAGCAGGAGAACGGGGCUGACAAUGAUGCUCUCGUGACAACAAUCAGCUACAACCUCGGUCGAACCUAUGAGGCUGCUGACAUGUGGGACGAGGCCAAGAAGGUCUUUGAGGGUGUUCUUGAACGUCACAGUGAUUACACGGAAGCCAGUGCUCGUCUCACUUACAUUGCUCUGCGUCAAAGCCCUACGGACGAGGGACCGAAGAAGAUUGCCAAGCUGUACGAGAAUGACUCGUCCAACCUCGAGGUCCGAUCUCUCUUUGGCUGGUACUUGAGCAAGUCUAAAAAGCGGGCGUCCAAUAUCAACGAGGAUGCCGAGCAGCGACACUACAAACACACGCUGCAAUAUCACGACAAGCAUGACCGGUACGCGCUCACUGGCAUGGGUAACGUGCACCUACUGGUUGCUCGAGACAUGCGUCGGGACAGCGAACAAGACAAGGAGAAGCGGCGGAAGAUGUAUCAGCGUGCAGUGGAAUUCUUCGACAAGGCUUUGCAACUGGAUCCCAAGAAUGCCUACGCAGCCCAAGGUAUUGCUAUCGCACUGAUCGAUGACAAGAAGGACCACAGUAGUGCCGUGCAAAUUCUUGCUCGUGUCCGUGAUACGGUCAAGGACCCUAGCGUCUACCUCAAUCUCGGCCACGUCUAUGCCGAAUUACGCCAGUACUCUCGCUCGAUUGAGCACUACGAGGCUGCCCUCAACAAAGAUCGUGCUCGCGAUGUGCAAAUUCUCGCCUGUCUCGGUCGAGUCUGGCAGCUCAAAGCCAAGCAGGAAGGCAGUCUCCAAGCCAUGAAAACGGCCCUGGAAUAUGCCCAACGCGCACAAGCUGUCUCCCCCGAGGCCCUUCACCUUCAAUUCAACGUCGCCUUUGUGCAAAACCAGAUUGCUUCUCUUUCAUACAGUCUCGCUCCGACCCAAAAGACCCUCCAGGAUGUCGAAGAAGCCGCCGAGGGUCUCAAAGAGGCCAUCGAGACAUUUGACCGACUCUCCAAGGAGAAGAACCCACCCUACCCAGCCAGCGCCCUCGAGCAGCGUGCCAACAUGGGCCGGACCAUCUCGAAACAGCUGGAUCGUGCACUGCAAAGCCAAAAAGAAUACGAAGAGAAGAAUGCGGCGAAAUUGCGUGAGGCGCGCGAGGCUCGAGCCGCGGCCAUCGCUGCCCGUGAAGAACAAGUUCGUCAAGCGCAAGAAGUUGAGGCGGAGCGGAAACGCAAGAUUGCCGCUGAGCGCGCCCAGAUGAUUGAAGAAGCCCAGCGCCAUGCCAUCGAGCGUGCUGAGCGAGAACGUGCACGGGAAGAUGCCGAAUUGACCGAGGACAGUGAGGGGGAAAAGGUCAAGCGGAAGAAGAAGACCAACAAGCGCAAGAAGAAGGAUGACUUUGUGGCUGAUGAUGAUGAGGAUCUUGGUGCCGGUGGAGGUGGUGCUGGUGCGGACGAUAGCGAUGCCGGUGGUAGUGACGGAGAAGCCGCGCCCAAGAAGAAGCGUCGUUUGGAGCGGCGUGGUACAACGACGGCCAAAGCUAAUAGCAAGUACAAGAGUUCAGAGAUGGUCGUCGACUCGGACGAUGAUGAGGACGAGGCGGAAGGGAGGGGAGGGUCAAGGUCACCUGCCAAGAACGACGAUGAUGACGAUGCGGAUCUCUUCGGCGGCGAUGAUGAGGAACAGGAAGACAAUGCCGCGCCCCGACGACGAGGAAAGGCUCCUCUACGAAUUGAGGACGAUGAGGACGAGGAUGAGGAAGGUGAAGAAGCUUCAGCUCCUGCAAAGACUGCUUCACCUGCCAUCGACGCACCUAUUCUCGGAGAGGGAGAAGAUGACGAGCUCUUCGGUGACACUACCAUGCAAGAUGACUAG